AAAAACGCACCUGAGAGUUCUCUAUUUCCAUAACUAAAACACCAAUUACUCGAGAAAUAAAAGUUUAUGGGUUCUGAAACUAUCAAACUUCCAAAUAUAGACUUCUCAAAUGAAGACCUAAAGACAGGCACUCUUGUAUGGAACCAAGUGAAAAAUCAAGUGCACCAAGCCCUAGUAAACUAUGGCUGUUUUGAAGCAUCAUUUGAUAAAAUUCCUAUACAUCUUCGAAAAUCCAUUUUUGAAUCCUUAAAAGAGCUUUUCGAUCUCCCUUUACAAACCAAAAUAAGAAACACUUCAACCAAACCUUUCCAUGGCUACGUUGGACAGUAUCCAGCAGUUCCACUUUAUGAAAGUAUGGGUAUUGAUGAUGCAAAUAUAUCAGAUAAAGCUGAAAGUUUCACUCGAAUUCUCUGGCCCGAAGGAAACCCUAAUUUUUGCAAAACUAUUCAGUCAUAUUCAGAGCAACUAUCAGAAUUGGAUCAGACAGUAAGGAGGAUGAUUUUGGAGAGCUUAGGGGUAGAAAAGUAUAUGGAUGAGCAUGUGAAUUCAACCAAUUACCUUCUUAGGGUUAUGAAAUAUAAAGGACCUCAAAGCAAUGAGACUAAAAUAGGACUAAAUGCUCAUACGGACAAGAACAUUGUUACCAUACUUUACCAAAAUCAGGUAAAUGGUCUUGAAGUUUUGACCAAAGAUGGACACUGGAUCAAUGUUGAACCUACACCAGAUGCUUUCAUAGUCAUGAUUGGAGACUCUUUAUAUGCAUGGGCAAAUGGUCGAGUUCAUUCGCCAUAUCAUAGGGUAAUGAUGACAGGAAACGAAGCAAGGUACUCAGUUGGUUUGUUUUCAAUACCAAAAGCAGGGUACAAGAUAAAGGCACCAGAAGAGCUUGUAGAUAAAGAGCAUCCCUUACUCUUUAAGCCCUUUGAUCACGUUGAAUUCCUAGCUUUCUACUACACUGAAGAAGGCCAAAGAUGUGGAUCUGCUCUAAAGACCUACUGCGGUGUCUGAAUUUAAUUCUUGAUUAUGUUAUUAAGAGUCUUUUUGUCAAAGUGUAUAUCCUUGUGUUUUACUUUUUAUACACUGGUGUGAGUAAUAAUAUUUAAACCAAGUUUGGAAACCAAACAAAAUAACAGUUUUGUCGCUUUUAUUA